CCUCUCUCUAUGGUAAUUUCCGUUUCUCUCGACUCUCUGAGAAGGUAUAAAAGCAUCAAACAGUCUCUCCAUACCCUCAUUCGAUUACCCACAAGUCUUUCGAAUACUCGACAUCCACGAUGUUCUCUCUCAAGCAAUCCAUCAUCGUUGCAUUGCCUUUGUCUAUUGGCUUGGUCAACGCACUCACUGGGGAUGCCACCUGGUACACCCUCAACGGCGGAACCGGGGCCUGCGGUGCUCCCCUGCAGAACUCUGACCACAUCGUCGCGCUCUCCAGCGACCAAUACGCUGGAGGGGCGCACUGCUGGAAACACAUCGGAGUGCACUACAAGGGCAAAUUUGUAGACGCUACCAUCGGGGACCUUUGCCCUGGCUGUGGUCAGAAUGGGAUUGACCUUUCGCCGUCUGCAUUCGAGAAGCUCGCACCUCUCGAUGACGGGCGUAUCCAGGUUACGUGGAACUAUGAGUAGACCUUUCUAUCCAAUAUAUUGGGAAGGAUUGUCGAAUUUCCUCACUAUUUCAAUGCUCUGUGACUUUAACUACUAAUCUAUGCGUUCAUGUUAACCAAAGAAUUGUG